CAGCCUUUCGCGCCGCCCGUUUGUCGGGCCCCAGAAACCAGCCCUCACAGCGGCCGCUCCGCGCCUCCCGCGCACAUCGGGAUCUGUAGUUUGGGAGGCGGGAGGCCGCGCCGGGCGUUGCGAAGGGAGCGGCCCCUGAGAACUACAGAGGCCAAGGCGCCUUGCGCGCGGGCGGCGGGCGCAUCCGCUGUCGGCGGCGGCGUGGGUGCGCGUUGCUGGGCAGUCAGCUGGCCGAGGGGCGAUAAGAGGGCGGGCGGCGCGGGGUGGCGGCGCUUGGUGCUCGCUCCUUCGCUUAAUCCUGCCGCGCUCCCCGGGGGAAGGCGUGCGCUCCGCCAUGGCCGAGACGAUUGCGGACACUCGGCGGUUGAUCAGUAAGCCUCAGAACCUGAACGACGCCUACGGGCCGCCCAGCAACUUCCUGGAGAUCGACGUGGGCAACCCUCAGACGGUGGGGGUGGGCCGCGGCCGUUUCACCACUUACGAGAUCCGCGUCAAGACAAAUCUACCUAUCUUCAAAUUGAAAGAAUCUACAGUCAGAAGAAGAUACAGUGACUUUGAAUGGCUAAGAAAUGAGCUAGAAAGAGAAAGCAAGGGUUGCAGGCCACCCACUGGCACAGAACGAGCGCUGUCUUCACAUGUUCUUACAAGAUGAAGUAAUAGACAAAAACUACACACCAUCCAAAAUAAGACAUACUUGAGUUCUGCACACAUUAGUGGUUCUUAUGCUUGGUUUUUAAGAGGUGGUAGUUUUGUCUUAGCAUGCUGAGGAUGAACAGGCACAAAGUCUCCACUAACAUCAGUACACUGCUUGGUCUUUGUAUAUGCUUUAUAGCAUUAAAGAUCUCACUUGUCUUCUAGCUAAAUCCCUCUCAAUCCCUGAUUUAAAAGUAUUAUACUUUGAGACCAUCCACCCCAUGCAAUGCCUCACAAACCUUUCCACUCUUCCUUGCAAUGACUUAACAAUGUUUACUGACUUGGCCUUACUUGAACUUGCACAGCUGUAGUGUCACGUGUUCACUUGUAUUUGACUAAACUGCUCUGCUGUUUCUGAGGUAGUCACCUGUCUGAACUCCUGUAGAAAGAAUGCUUUAUUUCUGAUACCUUGUGUGAGAAACACUUAUUCAAUUGUCUUCAAGCUUGUAAAACACUUUAUACUGAAGUAAUGAGGGAAUUAUCUUUAUAUUCUGUAAGAGGAAAAAGUCAAAUUUAUAUACUAAAGUAACUUGUCUAAAGUUUUGAAAUAAAAGUGAAAAUGCACUUCAAA